AUGAAAGUGUUCCGAACGCCGGAGAAGCCGGGGGUUGUCAGCUGCCGUGUUGGACCUGCAGACGAGCCUAUGAACCAAGACCUUCGCCGGUCGUUUGACGGCAUACAGACAGACGCCGCAAAAGUGCAAACUCUGCUAGCUGCGUACUUAGAGCCUCUACAACCACCGCCUCAGAAUUUCAAGAAAAAUCAGCAAAUGUACAACAAGGUAAGACCGUACGUCCCUUCCGAGUUUGCGUCGGAUCCCCUGUACGCAGCUCCUACGGAUGAGGAAGAGCGCCUCGCGAAGGAGGCUAAGCAGGCACGUCGAAACGCAACGCAGCCCAAGACUGGAACCCGAAGCCGAAAGCGCGCAAAGAAAGAUAAUUAG